AUGAAGCAGUCUAUGAUCACUUCCCUCGUUGCCCUCGCGGCUUCUGCCUCGAGCGUCCAGGCCACUGAGAGCCUGAUCAGUGUCCCCGUGGGCCUCUGCACUGCCAUUCUUGGAGAGGUGGAGUGCAAGCAGACCAGCACCACCAACGGCUUGAUCAAUGUUCCCGUCAACGCCUGCCUCGCUGUCCUCGGCCAGGCCAAGUGUGACCAGGCUUCGACUUCCUCCAGCGACAGCGGCUCCUUGAUCAAUGUUCCCGUCAAUAUUUGCCUGGCUGUCCUCGGCGAGGCCCACUGCCAGCAGAAGUCUUCCACUUCCGGUGGCUUGGUCAACAUCCCCGUCAACCUGUGCCUGGCUGUUCUGGGUGAGGCUGAUUGCAAGGAUGCUGGAUCCGGUAUCCCUGCUGCUGCCACUACUCCUUGUGACACUGAGACUUCCGCCAUUGUGGUUUCCACGGUCAUCUCCAACCCCCCUCCUGCCAUGGCCACCACUACUCCUUGUGAAACCGAGACUUCCGCCAUCGUUGAAUCGACCGUCAUCCCGGGUGCCACUCAGCCUGCCGGUACCAUGCCCGCUGGUCCCAUGCCUACUAUGCCCGCUGGUACUAUGCCUGCUGCUUCCAUGCCCGCCGCCUCCAUGCCUACUAUGCCCGCUGGUACUAUGCCCGCUGCUUCCAUGCCCGCCGCCUCCAUGCCUACUAUGCCCGCUGCUUCCAUGACCGGCCCCUCUGGCCCUGGCAUGACCGGUCCUGCGGCCCCCAGCAUGUCCGGUUCAUCUGGUGCUCCCGGUGUCUCCGCUGAACAGUCUUCCGUCUCCAAGCCUGUUGUUCCCGUUGCCGGUACCUCCAUCUACUCUGCUCCCUCCGGUGCCUCCAUGACCUCCAUGCGCCGCAUGCCCACUGCUCCCGCUGGUGCCUCCGCUGGCUCUGGCUCUGGCUCUGGCUCUGGCUCUGGCUCCAGCCCCGCUGCCUCCAGCAUCAGCAUGGUCAAGCCGUCCUCCCUCCCGGUCUUCAACGCUGCCGGUCGCACCACCUUCUCCGGUGUUGCCGUGGUCUUCGGCGCCAUCUUCGCUGCUGCCAUGCAAUUCUAA